GUAGCUAAGGGGUUUAGCGACCCCAAAGCCGCAGCAAAAGAGAGGUUUUUGCCGUUCUACCCUUCCCGUGGCGACGCGCACGACCUCCGCGAGAGACAAGGGGGAAAAAUGGCAUCUUUGGCCCGCUCCGCCGCCGCAGUCGCGAGGUCGGCGCUCCGCCCGGCGCCCCUCGCCGGCCGCGUCCUCGGUGCGCCGCUCCCUCCGCUGGCGUCGCCUUCCCCAGCCCGGGCCGCCCGGAUCCUCCGCAGGUCCGCUGCGGCGGCAUCGGCGGGGCUGGAGACGCUCAUGCCGCUGCACAGCGCGGUGGCGGCGGCGCGGCUCAGGUCCUGCAUCGCCGUCGAUUCGUCCUGCUGGAGCUCGCUCUCUCAAGGUUUAAACAAGCGCAUCUGAUCAUGGCUAGGAGCUGAGCAGCUGAGAAGAUAUGCUUUGCCCUUGUGACAGAGCUGCACCUGAAGAAACCAAUGAACAUUAGGGAUUACAGAAACUGGGCUGUAAUAACGGGAUGCUUGUAAACCAAUCUCGCAUUUGAAGCUCAUUAUUUUGUAAUGUGAAUCAUCCAGUUUUUGGAACAAACAUUUGUUGAUGUUA